CUGUACUGUAAGUCACAAUCACGAGAACACAUGAGAAAAUUAGGUCAUGUUCAGGAGAAAACAUUUAUGUCGAGAUCAUAAGAAAAUUAUAUCAUGAUCACAAGAAAACAACAUCUGUUAUGAUGAGAUCACAAGAAAAUUAUGUCGUGAUCACAAGAAAUCAACAUUUGCUAUCUCGACAUCACGAGAAAAUUAAGUCAUGGUCACCAGAAAACAUUUGUUACGACAAGAUCAUAAGAAAAUUAUGUCGUGAUAACCAGAAAACAUUUGUUAUGACGAGAUCACAAGAAAAUUAAGUCAUGAUCACGAGAAAACGAGACAGAAAAAAAGUAAAAAACCAAAGGCAAAAUGGGCUUCCAUAUAAAACAAAUAUUUGAUAAUAUAUGUGAACUAUCCAUUGACAAGUCUGUCAUGAGAUUUUGUAACUGACAUGAGAUAGAACUAUAUAGGUAACUUUUGUCAAGACAAACUUUGAUGUUGGCUUGACAAAGAACUGUCAUUUAAAUACGUUUUUAACUUUGAUAAUUAUACUGCCAUUAUAACCUUGUGCGACCCCGUGUAUACAUGCGUGGACACUGUAUUAUCGAUAUAUGCAACGCAUAAUUUUAAUUAAUUUAAACCAACUGAUCUCAGUUCAGGAGACUCUGGGCUGUCAGUAAAGGGUUAAACUUUCGAUGUACGGAGUCAUGUGACAAAACAACAUGGUGCCGAUCACAGCAGAGUUUGUCUUUGGGAGAAACGGCAACAAAACUACAUCUGGUAAGAAACCUAAUUACGUUUUUACAUUGAAACCUGUUUGAGUCAAAAGAUUACAGUCUCUAGUUUCAUCCGAUAUGCCAUUUUAUAAAUUUGAGCGAUUUAUCGUGAAACACUAUGCUGCUAAACACAAUGUACACUAAUGUGUACUUUAGUGCAUUUUUUCCUUAGAAAUCCUAUAUUUACUGUGCAUUAUCACAUUGAGAAUCAAUGGGUUCAUCCAAAAGCUGAAAAAUGUUGCUUUCAGAGGCUUUAUAUGAAGUUAGGAUGAAAAUAAGGUGCAUUUCGAACUGUUCUGAGACCAGUGAAGACAGACAGCACACUGGAGUUAAGUCAUUCACUAAAUAGGAAACAAGGGAGCAUCCUAUAGCUCUCUUUGCAGCAAAGUGCAUUCACUCCUAAAAUCCGACCAAAAGUUCAGUUUCAGGCUGCAGAUGAUGUUUGGACCACUCAACAUGUUUGGCAGACAUGGGACAAUGGUAAUCAGUACAUAGAUUUAGAAUUUAUAAUGUAUAAUUUAAUUUUAACAUGGUUGGAUGUAAUUGUAUGAUUACUUUGAAUAGAAUGAAUUAUGCUAAUUUCUUAUGUAAUGUCUGUAACGUCUCAAAAGCAUGAAUAACCAAAACAAAAUAAUAUCGGGUUGAUGGAUGGAAGCCCUAAACCAAGUCUGUAUAAUAAUAGGAUGUUGUCUUUGUCAAGCCAACAUAAUGCCCGCUUUUCUUAAUUGCCAAUUAUGCACCGUAAUAAAACAUGCCUAAUCAUAAAAAGGCCAAAUAUCGAACUAACUGAUAUAUCGGUUCUAACACUAAUCAACAAAAAUCACAUCACAUAAGCCGUCACAUGAUGUAAUUGAAUUUAUUUGAGCCUGAUCAUCUAACAUAACGGAAAACACAAACAGGUUAAAGGUUGCACAGUUUUAUCCAGACCUUCCAUCCUUUCCUAGUUUAUUUCACGCCUUUCCCGCAUCUUUAUUUACACAGUGAUCAACGCCUCAGUUUGCGGAGCGAUGAGGUGAAUGAGAAAACUGCUCCCAUCACAUCAGCGCACACGCGUCUCCUCUGCCAGCAGAGACUUCUCCUCUGAGCCGCAGCCGCUCAGUUCUUCAGAAGAGCUCGAGACUGAGGAGCAAACACAACAUUCCCGGAAGCGCACCUGCUAUUUCACAAAUACUUCAACAUCGUUGAGGGCAGCUGGCUAAAUCAUGGAUUGCAUUACCUUACUCUUCUUGUCAGAAGAUGAAGAUGCAGUGAGCUUUAGUAAUUGACUCUGGGAUGCUUGAAAUAGACUUUGGACUCAGAAUACAGCGUAUUAAAACAUCACAUAUAUUUCCCAAUCCUAAGAGAGACAAAGGGAAUAUGAAUUUCACUACAGGCUACCUGAAAAAAGAGCUGCAGCUCUCAGAUGCCUUGCUGUCCUUGAAUGGCUCUCUCCAUGGAGCUGAGGACUUAGAAAGUGAUUUUUUCCUCCACCAAGGUGGAGAACUGGAGAAACUGCUGCUGUUGACAAUCAAGGAGCCUACCACUAUCGCUCUCACCGUGAUGUAUUCAUUAUCAUUUGUGGUGGGCUUCAUUGGAAAUCUCAUGGCCAUUCGAAUGCUUACCUGCCAGAAGAGUAAUAGGAUCCAGAGCAUCAGUGCCACCCGGAGUUUACUCAUCAACUUGGCAGUGUGUGACCUUAUGGUGGUUUGCAUCUGUAUGCCCAUCACACUCGGCCACACAAUUUACACCGCAUGGGUGUAUGGAGACCUCCUUUGCCGAGCCGUUCCCUUCAUCCAGGCUGUGUCUGUUUCAGCAAGUGUCCUCAGCUUGACCGUCAUCAGUGUUAACAGAUACUACAGUGUUCACAGUCCAUUGAAUUCCCUCUCCUACUUCACUCAGAAGAAGAUCUACAUCACCAUUGUGGGCGUGUGGGGCGUGUCCUCUGCGAUUUGUACACCUUUACUCUUCAUGAUCAAGCUGGAUGAAAUCCACUUGACUGACAUUGUCGUGCCAAUUUGCAGAGAGCUCUGGCCUCAGGUGACUCUCAAGCAAGCCUACAAUGUUCUUCUCUUCAUUACUCUCUACUGUAUACCCGUGUCUUUCAACCUGAUCAUCAGCUUCCUAACGGGCAGGAAGCUCUGGAGGGCUUCUCAACAUUUCACUGACUUUGAUCCACACAGCCAGGCCAUGCAUGCCUCACGUCUGAAGAUGCGUAAGAAGAUCGCCAAGGUGGUGGUCACUUUGGUCCUUCUGUUUGCUGUUUCCUGGCUCCCACUCUAUAUGGCAGAUAUUCUGAUUGACCAGGAGGUCCAUCCACCUCACUGGGUUUUGCAGACUCGUCCUUUUGCCCAGUGGUUGGGCCUCACUAACUCCAGCCUCAAUCCCAUCUGCUAUUGUUUCUUAGGCGAUCUGUACCGCUCAGCCAGAGCAGUCAGGUCGAAGUAUCACCAGAGGAUGCUCUCUGUUCUUAGAUCCUCCAGCUCUAGAAACCUUGUUCUCUCUCUCAAACAGCAGCAAUCUGACCGGCGACAAGGUGCCGUAAGCCAGGUGUCAAUGGAGACCCUCUCUGAUUGGUGUUCCAACAACAGCCAGAUGGUGUCUCUCCAAAGUAUCUCAGGGAGGAUAAUGUCUAGAAGCAAUCUUGAGUUAUCUAUCCUGUAGUGAGGCUGCACAUUACCUGAAAAGACACAGGGCACUUUAAGGAAGAGUUCACCCAAAAAUUAUAAUUAUCUCAUCUUUUACUUACCCUUAUGCCGUCUCAUAUGAUUCUCUGUCUUCUGCGUUACACAAAGUUAUUUUCAUAUAAAUAUGUAAUGUGUUUUUGUCCAUACAAUGCAUGCUCCAAAAAAGACAAACGCAGCAUAAUGGUAAUCCAUACGACUCGAGUGGUUUAAUCCAUGUCUUUUGAAACAUACAAUCGGUUUUGGGUUAGAAACGCACCAAAAUGUAACUUUUUUCACUGUAUCUUGUCAAAAGCAGUCUUCUUCGGGAUCAUGACAUGAUCAAACCAUGAUCGUCAAGGAGACAGCAGAUAUCAAGAUUUACAGUGAAAAAUUAGUUACAUUUUGGCCCAUUUCUCACCAAAUGCGAUCAUAUCGCUUCAGUGAACAUUGAUUAAACCACUCGAGUCGUAUGGGUUGCGUUUAUGCUUCCUUAAUGUCCUUUUUGGAGCUUGAAAUUGUUAGACCACAUUGACAUGCAUUGUAUGGACAAAAACACUUUUUAUCUUCAUCAAAAUAUCUUGUUCCGAAGUAGAAAGAAAGUCAUACAAGUUUGAGAUGACAUAAAGGUGAAUAAAUUAUCAUUUUUGGGUGAACUAUUCCUUCAAGCAUUGUUCAUUUGCCUUUAGUGCUGUAAAAUAGCAUGCAACACUGGGCUGGCCACUAGUCAUUCUAAGAAAAUCUGCAAAGAAAGUGCUUGGAUACAACAUUAGUAUUUUGAUUGUAUCUGUAAACUGUCCAAUUAUAUUGCCUCACAAACACUGUACGUGAAUAAAAGAUGUUCGUCUCUUGAUUUUGUGACUAA